AUGACUAAAGCAACAGAGACAGGAUUGACCUUAUUCGCUAUAUCAGCCAUAUAUUAUGCCUUAUGGACUAAACUUAUACCAAUUCCUGAAUUAUUACAUGAAGAAAUUCUUCCAUAUUUACCAUGGUGGGCAUUAGUUUCAUUUGGAGCAUAUGCUUUGGCUACAUUAGGUUGGGGUAUUGUUACAUUCAAAGAUAAGGAAGAUAAAUACAAAGAAUUGGUUGGACAGAUUGAAGAAGCUAAAGGUUUUUAUAAAUCAAAGGGAAUUGAGUUAGAUUAA